UUGAAAUAAAUAGUGAUUCUGAUAACGAAAGUACAAAUGAACCAGUUGGACGCCAAUUUAUGGGUAUUUGGAAAGAAAUUGAGCUUGUUGAAGAAGUAUCACAAGGAAUUUAUAAAGGAAUAUGUAUUCAUUGUAAUAAAGAGUUUAAUCAAAAUAUUGCAAAAGUUUAUCACUUUAAUCUUUUACAAAUUGAAUUAAAAUCUAAACAUACAAAAAACAAAGAAUUAACAGUAAAUGAUAUAUAUAUAUUAGUUAAUUCUUUAUUUGAUAAUAUUGAAGAGAAGAAUAAUAAUUCACAAGAUGAUGAAAUUGAUCACGCUACUAUUUUAGAUUCUAUUUAUUCUACUGUUACAACAAAAAAUUUAAAAUUAGAAAUCA